CUGGCGUCGCUCAGCCCGCGCGCCUUCGGCGAGGCGGGCGGCGCGCUCGAGGAGCUGGCGCUGCGCGGCGCGCUGCGCAACCAGAGCGCGCUGCUGGGGCUGGCCGCGCUGCUGCAGGCGGGCGCGCUGCGCAACCUCAGCCGCCUGGAGCUGGCGGGCAACGGGCUGCUGCUGCUGCCCGCCGGCAUGUUCGCCGCGCUGCCCGCCCUGCGGCACCUGGACCUCAGCAACAACUCGCUCGUGGGGCUGCGCAACGUGUCGCUGGGCGGGCUGGCRCGCCUGCAGAGCCUCGACCUCAGCGACAACUCACUGAGCGCGCUGCGCAACGGCACGCUGGCCCAGCUGCGCGGCCUGCCCGCCCUGCGCCGCGUCGACCUGCGCCGCAACGCGUGGGUCUGCGACUGCGCCAUCGAGGACCUCGUGAGCUGGCUCAAGGAGAGCGAGCAGGUGGAGGGCAAGGAGGCCCUCGUGUGCGCCUACCCCGAGAAGAUGGCGGGCAAAGCCUUGCUCAAGAUCAACGCCUCGGACCUCAACUGCUCCGUGCCCGUAGACCUGCCCUCCCAGCUACAGACUUCGUACGUCUUCUUAGGGAUAGUCCUGGCUCUCAUCGGGGCCAUUUUCCUCUUGGUUUUGUACUUGAACCGCAAGGGGAUCAAAAAGUGGAUGCACAACAUCAGAGAUGCCUGCAGGGAUCACAUGGAGGGCUAUCACUACCGCUACGAGAUCAACGCCGACCCGCGCCUCACGAACCUCAGCUCCAACUCCGACGUCUGACGUCGCGAGCGAGGCGCCGCGUGGCAGCUCUGCACGAACCGAGACUGAAGCUUUGCCCUCGUGCGUGCCUGCCCUUCCCCAGAGCAGCCCGAGACGUGUGUGUGGCAUGAGGGCAGCACAGGCCUCCUCAUGCCACGUUUGUCGCUGUUUCGUGUCAAGACGCCGAGCAGCGCGGUGGGCUCCGUGUAGGAAACGUGCUGCUGCUUCUCCUCUCCUGUUCCCGGUGGAACUUGCUGCCAGGACUCGUUGGGAAAGUUUUUCCGAGUCUCAGAAGAUGCAACGGGAUUCCCUCCCUGCUGCCAUAGAGCCGCCAGAGUUUCUAAGACAUCCCGGUACAGAUACCAUUCAACAAAAGCUGCCUCAACUUUUUUUGGGAAAAGGACAUUACCUUCGUCRGUACCAGUUUUGGUCUUGUUAUGUCCUGAACACAACAACUCUGUUUCGUAGACUGCCCUCAGGUGAAGGAACAAAGCAAAGGAACUAAGCAAGUUUCCUGUUAGAAGGAAAUAAAAUAGCAUGCACAAAUGCCUCCUAGUUUUACAUGUUAGGAAACUUACAAUCUCAGUAAGUCUCUUAUUGUUUUGUAAAGUUAUUUUUUGAUUGCAGUUUACGUGAAAAGAGAAUGUUUUUUUUUAUAUAUAUAUGUAAAAAGUGCACCUAAACUCAGUUUGAACUGUUCAAUAAACAGUCUUACAAGAACUGUUGCACUGAAGUUUGCUGCUUAAUGAAAUGUGUUUGGAUAUCUGAUGUGAAUAGCUCUACAGUCUCUUAAGUAGUAGCCCUACAGUGGUAAUUCAAAUUAAAAAUUUAAGAAGUGUAUAGCUUAGGCAUGAAUGUUUGAGUCUUGUGAAAUCCACUAUCAGAGUCACAUUGCUUGACAAUGAGAGCACGGUUUCAGUUAGCACWAAACCCCAGUGAGCUCUCUCAAAACUUCCAAGAGAAAUGCUAGCCAACAUUAUUGAAAAAAUUACAAGCUAAUUGGAUUUGCUAGUCUCCUCUACCAAACUUUAAAAAAUGCAAAUUUAAUUGCUGAGUUCAUAAUACAGAAAAUUAUGCCUCAAUAGAAUUAUUUAUUACGAAAUGCAUACUUUCAGGGCUUGAAUUAAAUUAAAUGCAGCUCAGUCCUGUAGUCAGAGAGCUCCAGACUUGUAAAAGGAUACACAAUUUGGCUUAUUAAAUUAAGUACUAGCUGGUUUGUAUGAAGCUCUCAGUGCUUGUGCCAUUUUGUACUAAUGUACUGGAGUAUUGAAACUUUUUUUUUAACCAUUUAUCUUAAAACUACUGGCAAGUCUAAGUACUAUAUAUGCAGUCACGCUUACUACUUAUUUGCAAAUGCGUUUUUGUUUAAGUAUGUAGAGCAUGUAAAGGAAAAUGUCAAAGCUGCAUCAUUUAGUAUGUGAUUCAGGUGACA